UUGAAUAUGUUUAUUAGCACUGCGGAUGAGCUCUUUGGCCUUAUUACCACCAUUCGACAUCCAUCACAUUCUGUCAAGCAUGUCCCAUGGACAGUGUUCACAUUUGGUAGCUAUGACUGGGAGCACAUCAACAACACUUGCAUUGUCAUCUCAGAUGCUAAUGACAUGCAGCAAAUAUUCUCCUCUGAGCAGCAUCCAACUCUCUGGUGUGCUAUUCCUGCACUCGAGCAACUACAGACCACAUGGGAGAAGAAAUGGGAUAUGCUGCGGUAUGUGCUCUAUCAGGGAGCAAUACAGAAAGGUCUCAAUAAGAUUGGGAAGUAUUACAGGAAAUUCAUCAAUAAACCAGUCUAUGUGCUGGCACUAGUUCUCCAUCCAUACUAUAAACUCAAUUACAUCACAAUGGCCUGGGGUGGUCAAGAAGAGCAAGCAAGGGAGCUUGCUGCUGGCAACCAAAACACCAAAAACUGGCAUGGCAAAGCCCUCCAAGUUGUCGAAAAGACAAUGCAAGCUUAUUGA